GGUUUUACGUGAUGGCGCUUCUCAAGCUCCAGCCCGGGAGCAUCCAGAUCUCUUCGUUUCUCUCCUCGUCUUCGCAGCGAUCGCAGCACAGGGUUGUAAUCUCCAGCCGGCGCAAGCAAUGCGGCGUCGUGACGAUGGCGCUGAGCGAGAAUGGGCCGACUGUGGCUGUCGUUGGCGUGACUGGCGCCGUCGGCCAGGAAUUUCUUAGUGUUCUUGACGAUCGCGAUUUUCCGUAUGGCAAGCUUAAGCUCCUGGCUAGCAAGAGAUCCGCCGGCAAACACAUGACGUUCCAGGACCGGGACUAUGUCGUGGAGGAACUCACGGAUGAAUCCUUCAAUGGUGUCGACAUUGCUCUCUUCAGUGCUGGUGGAUCUAUCAGCAAGGAAUUUGGACCAGUUGCGGUCGACAAAGGUGUGAUUGUUGUCGACAAUAGCUCCGCGUUUCGAAUGGUGGAUGGUGUUCCUCUUGUCAUUCCUGAGGUAAAUCCAGAUGCCAUGGCACACAUAAGAUUGAGCAACAAAAAGGGAGCUCUCAUUGCCAACCCAAACUGUUCCACGAUAAUCUGCCUCAUGGCUGUCACACCUCUUCAUCGUCACGCUAAGGUAAAGCGCAUGGUCGUGAGCACUUACCAAGCUGCGAGUGGAGCUGGUGCCGCUGCCAUGGCGGAGCUUGAGCAGCAAACGCGUGAGGUCCUGGAAGGAAAAGAGCCUACGUGCAAAAUUUUCAACCAGCAGUACGCUUUCAACCUCUUCUCCCACAACUCGUCCGUCAAGGAAAAUGGCUACAACGAGGAAGAGCUUAAGCUUGUGAAAGAAACGCGAAAAAUCUGGGAUGACGAUGAAGUCCGUGUCACAGCUACUUGUGUUCGUGUCCCCGUGAUGAGAGCCCACGCCGAAAGCAUUAAUCUACAAUUCGAAAAGCCAGUGGACGAGGAGACUGCGAGACAAAUAUUGUCCAGCGCAAAUGGAGUUACAGUGAUUGACGACAGGGAUGCGAACUCCUUUCCAACCCCACUAAAGGUGUCGAGCACGGAUGAUGUUGCUGUGGGAAGGAUACGGCGCGAUCUCUCUCAAGAUGGCCACCACGGGCUAGACAUAUUCGUGUGCGGCGAUCAAAUACGCAAAGGAGCAGCUCUCAACGCCGUGCAAAUCGCCGAAAAGCUCUGGUGAUGGUGGGAGCUCACGAAGAACAGGCAAAAAAAAAAAAAAUAUUCAUCAGAAAGGAAGAUUUUUUUUAUUUGUUUCUCUUUCACUUCCAUUCUCAAUGCAAGACUUUAGACCCA